UUAUAGUUUAUUUUUAAAUUUUAUAAUUGAAAAAUAUGUUUUAAGAUAACAACACAAUAUACAAGAAUUUAUCUUAUUUUUUAAGAAGUUAAUAUUAUAAUAAAAAUUCGUUUUUGAUUAUAUAAUUAAUAAUAUAUAAAAUUCAUUAAGGGUAUUAUAGAUAUUAACUGCUCUAACUUUUAACGUGAGAGUUCGAUUCCAAAAAUUUACUUCGCAAAUAAUUGUAUAGAUAUAGAUUCCUAUUUGUCCUUUGUUUUUUUUUUUUUAUGAUUUCAUUCCUGUUUACCUUGAAAAGAAAAAAGGAAAUUAGUAAACAAAAUACUACUAGGUCACCGACUAAAAAGGUUAGAUGAAUACUAGUCCUUGUGUUAUAAAUAUAAGUCACCCUAGAACAAACCAAGUUCAUCGAUUCAGUUUCUUUUUUCAGAGCGACUAUCAAAAAGAAAAAAAAGCGUUUAACUCUGUGUUUUCGACUGACAUUUGCUUUCGUAAGUAGUCAUGAAACACAGAUUAUCCCACGAAAUAGAUAACUACCCUGAACCAGACGAUGUGGGCAUAAUCAGAGUCACGGCAAGGCUCUUUGGCCAAGAUGAUAACUCGACGUUCACGGUUCUGUCGCUUGCAAGAGACUUCAUCGCGAACGACGAGUGUAAAAGCAAAGAAGACUUGAACUACUUCUUGUUGGAAGCCGGAAUCAAUGAAGAUGUUAUCAGUAAUGCGAUAUUGGAGCUAAUUGUUUAUGUUGAUGAGGUAACUUGCCCUGCAAGUAUCGAGUACUCUCCUGGAUGUGCUUUGAAAGUUCGGUUGGAUCUUAUUCCUGAUUAUCUCGAUGAUGAUGAUGACACUGUGAUGAGGACCUAAAGUCAGUAGCUGGACCACCAACUCAUGAGAUCAACCAUACAAGCUACAUUGGAGCCAGCAGCGACAUAGGUGCACUCAAAGAAGGAUAUCUUUAAUUUGCAACCAUAAGGAAUUUAACCGUGAAACCAGUUUCUAUAGAUUCUCAACUCAACCAGAGCACGCAGCGAAUUGGUUUCAUACCAAAAAGAGUAAUGGUUUAGGAGAUAUGCCAGUUACAAGUCAGACUAUCUACACUACAUCCGAAUUGGUUCUAAUUAAGGAAAGUAAUUCUUUGCUUAAGGAGUGUGCAACUCAAACUCACGUGUGGAAACCAGGAGAUUAUUCAUUACAUCUAAGAGCAGUGGGAGAGUUUCUACCAUGCACCAGCAGCCACAUGAUCAAGAUGAAUCCCUUAUUUGUCAACUUACCUUACAUGGAUGCAUUCACACUUGGAGUUAUUGAGACCAACGGCUCUUUCCCCUUCUCUUCAGGCACGACUUAGAGACUAUCCAGACAUCAAAGGAGAUCCCAAGGAUGCAUUUCUUUCUUCCCAAACUCACAAGAUACAAGGAGAGAAGAAAACUUCCAUACAUGGACAGAUUCUGCACCAACUUAGUCCAACGGCUAGUUUUUCACUUAUUAUUUCUUUCCAAGUUAUUCCUUUAGGCAUUUGUGUUCUUUUCUAUUUAAACUGAGCUAAGUCUCAUUUGUAAAGCACCCUUGCACGAAAUUAAUAAAGUAUUAUUCAGUUUACAAAGUUUGUCUUUGUUUUGUUCAAUUAGUCUUUAGGUGGAUUCCUUUAGAUUUCUUGUCCGUUUGCUUGUCUCCUUAGUUUGUGGAUUCAUUCUAGGAUACAAGUGUAGGUCUCUGUCUUUGUGUGGAUUCACAUAGGCUCAGGCUUCUGGUCUUAUCAAAGGGAUAUUUCCGCAACCCUUUGUGGCGACAAUCGACCCAUUCAAGCUUGACAACUCUUGUUGCCUUGUGAUCUAGCCUUUGUUAGCUUAGGCUUGUAUCAUUUUUUGGUAUCAGAGCUUCAAAAGCUCCUAUCUAUCAGGUUAUAUCUAUCCUUGUCUCUAUUCAUUUGCAUUUGUUUAUUUGUUUCAUCUCUUUUGCAUUUGUUUCAUUUAUAAAAUCAUAUAAAAAAAACAACCAUAAAAAUUGUUUGCAAUUUCUGUCCAUUUUUGCAUUUGCUUGUUCUUGGUGUUAAAACCAGGGAGGCACGACAAAGAUGACCAUUUACUUUCUUUGAUUCAUAUAAAUUUGAAAAGCCAAAAGAAAUCGUGUUUGCAUUAGUUGUUUCCUUAGUUUCCAUUUCGGUUUAUUCACUUACUAUAAAAAAAAAGGUCAAUUUUGUUUCUUGCUUCUUUUAAAUUCUAAAAAUUAUAAAACCAGAAUAAAAAGUUAAUUUCAUUGUCUUAGUUUAUAUAUUUCGUGUUUCCAUUAAAAAAAAAAGUGAAUUCUUUUUCAUUUGUUUUAAUUUUCCAAAAAAAAAAAAUAAAUAAAUAAAAUAAAAACAAGGAGAUACUAAGUUUCCAUUUUUCUUUGUUCUUUCUUAUUCUUCUUUCCUUUCUUUUGCUAAGCCACGACUUAAUUCCUUUUUCUUCUGUUUGUGCAAGGCAAACUCUGAGAAAAGAUAGAGAAGACGCCAAUGGAGGAUUACUCAGAAGAAGAGGCUGAAGAAUACAACACGUCUGAGGUAGAUUGGGGAGAAGAAGCUGACCAGGAUUGUUGGGACGAUGGAGAUGACCACACUGAAGGUCAAUGGUGCGCAGACUCUGUUCCAGAGUAUGUCCCAAACGAUGAACAAGAAUACCCAGAGGUGGAACCAGAAUCAAUGGACCGGUAUUCAACUUGCUAUGGUCCCAAAUCCCAACUCAUCUAUGAGGAUAGUUCUGAAGGGAAAUAUUAUUCUCAAGCGUGUCCUAGAAGAGAAAAGACCACCGUGGCUGCACCAUCAAGAUCUUAUCAUGGGAGUCUAUCAAGACAUGCUCACAGCAAGCCAUGGAACUACAAUGGAGAUCAGUUUUAUCAGAAUCGCUUGGCUGCACCAUCUAUACAUUUUUCUGGUCAUAAGCAAGGACCAAGUGCAUAUCUAAGGUGGGAGGACGACAUGGAGCAAUGGUUUAUAGCUUGGAGAAUUCCAGAGAAGCUAAAGCUAACUUAUGCGAAGGAUACCUUAACCGGAGAGGCAUACAAUUGGUGGAGUCAGCUAGAUGCUGAUAGGAUCUAUUUCAAUGAUCCGGCUUUUACUUGGAAAGAGGUUAAGAUGCUCAUGUAUAGUGAGUUUGUGAAGAAGGCAAAAUACAUUCAGAAGGUGUCCACAAGGAGAUUAAUAAAGCACCAAGUCUUGCAACCCACAGUUCAGAGAGAAGUUGUUUCCCAAAGACAAAGUUCAAGGCCAGUGCAUCCACCUCAAGUCAAACGAAACCAAGGUGAGCACUCUAACUCUUUAAAACCAUCUGAGGUUAUUUGUUAUAGGUGUCAAGGCAAGGGCCAUCUAGCAAAGGAGUGUCCCACAAAACGAGUUGUGAAGUCAGUACUAUCUGAAGCAAAAGAAACAAACUUGGAGGUAAGUGAUUCCGAUACUAGAAUUGAUGAUUCCUUUUCUAGAAUGGAUAAACAUAUGGAUGAUCUUAUCAACUUGAUUAAAGCUAGAUCUACUUCUGUUUCUAGUAAUUCCAUGACUGUCUUAACACACUUGUCUAGCGCCCAAAAGGUUGAAAGUAUUUCAGGUACUAACAUAGAAAUCAAGGAACAAGAACCCAACCUUGCUGCGCAAUCAAGUCCAACACUUGAUAAGAAUGUUGAUGAAGGUCUAGGUAAUGAGGAGGCACGUACAGAAGCUAAACAACAAGAGAAUAAUGAGCAAUCUACCCUAGAGACCUCUACACCAGCUGAUCAUGCUUUAGAGGUAGUAAAUACCAAAGCUGAAUCAAUGCAAGAUAACCAGGUAAGUGAAGCUCUAAAUCUUACUCAAUAUUAUUUUUUUGAAUCGUCCACUUCAAGUAUGAAACACUUGCUCUUGCCCAUAAGUGAUGAUUCAGAUAUAGGUACAAUGGAGAAGCAUCCAGAACCAAACUCACAACCUUACACCCAAGCAGUGGUCAAUGGAGAAACCAAUUGUGAAAUAGGAGAUUUCGAAAAGGAGACCAUGAUCCUUCCAAGGGAAAUCAUAGACCGACCAUGGAAAGGGGGCAUAGCUUCCCUACUGAUCAAAGAAGAACCACCAGUUGGACAAUGCAUCACAAAACCGUGCAUAUACCAGGGUAAGACCAUAGCCUCCCAAAUUAGAAUGAAACCUAACUUGCUCUAUCUUGGUGCAGGUAAAUUGGUUUUGAGGACAAAACCUUUUGAAGAGGGAGGGAAUGAUGAGGACCUAAAGUCAGUAGCUGGACCACCAACUCAUGAGAUCAACCAUACAAGCUACAUUGGAGCCAGCAGCGACAUAGGUGCACUCAAAGAAGGAUAUCUUUGCAACCAUAAGGAAUUUAACCGUGAAACCAGUUUCUAUAGAUUCUCAACUCAACCAGAGCACGCAGCGAAUUGGUUUCAUACCAAAAAGAGUAAUGGUUUAGGAGAUAUGCCAGUUACAAGUCAGACUAUCUACACUACAUCCGAAUUGGUUCUAAUUAAGGAAAGUAAUUCUUUGCUUAAGGAGUGUGCAACUCAAACUCACGUGUGGAAACCAGGAGAUUAUUCAUUACAUCUAAGAGCAGUGGGAGAGUUUCUACCAUGCACCAGCAGCCACAUGAUCAAGAUGAAUCCCUUAUUUGUCAACUUACCUUACAUGGAUGCAUUCACACUUGGAGUUAUUGAGACCAACGGCUCUUUCCCCUUCUCUUCAGGCACGACUUAGAGACUAUCCAGACAUCAAAGGAGAUCCCAAGGAUGCAUUUCUUUCUUCCCAAACUCACAAGAUACAAGGAGAGAAGAAAACUUCCAUACAUGGACAGAUUCUGCACCAACUUAGUCCAACGGCUAGUUUUUCACUUAUUAUUUCUUUCCAAGUUAUUCCUUUAGGCAUUUGUGUUCUUUUCUAUUUAAACUGAGCUAAGUCUCAUUUGUAAAGCACCCUUGCACGAAAUUAAUAAAGUAUUAUUCAGUUUACAAAGUUUGUCUUUGUUUUGUUCAAUUAGUCUUUAGGUGGAUUCCUUUAGAUUUCUUGUCCGUUUGCUUGUCUCCUUAGUUUGUGGAUUCAUUCUAGGAUACAAGUGUAGGUCUCUGUCUUUGUGUGGAUUCACAUAGGCUCAGGCUUCUGGUCUUAUCAAAGGGAUAUUUCCGCAACCCUUUGUGGCGACAAUCGACCCAUUCAAGCUUGACAACUCUAGUUGCCUUGUGAUCUAGCCU